AUGCCAACAAAGAGUUUAUUGCUUGUAUUCAUCCACGGUUUCAAGGGAGGAGACCACACGUUUGAUGGCUUCCCGGAUCACUUCAGAACCCUCGUACAGAAUGCCCUGCCGAAAAUAAAUAUUCUGUCCAUCGUGUAUCCCAAAUUCGAGACCCAAGGCGACUUGUCCGAAUGCGUCGCCAAGUUUCACGGAUGGUUGCUCGACAAGUGCAUCGAUCUGGAAGUCGCCAAUGGUACACCAUCACCAACUAUUGACCCUUCGGUGAGAGUCGUUCUUGUUGGUCACUCGAUGGGCGGCAUUGUAGCGGCAGAGACCUUGCUAAGCAUUGCUCGCGAUCAACCCGUUCCCUCGAGUCGCACAUUCCCAACCACCCAAGAUGACUCGGGACUCGGCAACCAGACCACAUCAAAUCCGACCUCUAAGAACGACAAGUUCUUGUUCCCUUACAUUCAGGCUGUACUUGCUUUCGACACUCCCUAUCUAGGUAUACAUCCUGGUGUUGUAGCUCAUGGCGCGGAAGAGCAAUACAAUACAGCAUCUGCCGCCAUGAACGCUUACAGCCAAGCCUCUCAGUUCUUUGGCCUUGGAAAGUCAUCCAAUGCGCGAGCUCCUCCUACAAAGGUUCCCGCAGGUGCUCUUCCACCACCAGAGGCCGGCAAUUGGGGCAAAUGGGGCAAGUAUGCCAUGUUUGCAGGUGGAGCCGCGGCCUUGGCAGCAGCAGGUGGUGCAGUAUGGCAGAAUCGUGAGCACAUAUCCAAAGGCUGGGCUUGGGCAGGCGGCCAUCUCGAGUUUGUAGGCUGCCUAGCCCGCGGCGCUGAUUUGACCAAGCGUAUCGAAGGUGUAGCUGCCCUCAGUGCCUCUCACAAGAUCGGUUUCGCCGACUUCUACACCUGCCUCGACACGCACAAGCAAGGCAAAACAUACUACUCGGAGCAACUGCUUGGCGAAGAGAGAACCUUCUGCGUACUGAAAAGUAAAGGCACCUGGAUCAAGUGCAUCAACGAAAAAGCGAGCAACGAAAUCGCCGCACACGUUGCCAUGUUUACGCCAAAAGACAACCCCGACUACUACGCCAUGACCGAUAGAGCAAAGGUUGUCUUGGUAAAGGCAGUGGAUAUGGAGUGGUAUGAGUCUUCUUCACCAACCCCUGAAUCGACUCCCGAACCCGAGAAGCAGAACCAGUCGGGUGCCGAACCUACGCAGGCGUGA